CGUGUCAGUGUGUGCAUAUGAUAAUAUAUACAAGAUGUUGUCAUCACAUACACAAAACACAAUAAAAAAAUAGAUUCUAGACAGUGUGCAAGUGAUCAAAUAUCUUACAAAACAGAGAUCUGAGCUAAAUGGAUAAGGAGUGCACGUUAACCUUGUUUCCAUAUGGACUACAAGAAGUAGCAGAGGUCGAAGAGAUCGAGGAAGACAACGAUAACGAGAGCAUGACUUUGUCGUCGGUGCCAGAAAAUGAGACGUCAGAGUGUUCAUCGUCUCCAGAGACGUAUCCACCGAUCCCUCCUCGGCCUAAAACUCCGAGAGAGCCGAUGGAGUUUCUAUGCAGAUCAUGGAGCAGUUCUACGUCUGAGAUCUCUCUAGCUUUAUCCUCUCAGAAAUCUAAUAAACAACUCAACAAAACCCAUACACUUUCUGAGUUGGCCGGCGUCACCUCGCCGGCUCCGGCACCACUACCACCGCCUCUACGCGCAGAAAAACCGGCGAGCGUGGUUCACGCGAGGCGAACAAGUGCCAUCGGAAAAUGGUUCCACCACCGAGAUUUUGUCGGCGGGAAGGUUUCCGGCAUAAGUAAGAGAGAUAAAUCUCGAUAUGAGAACGCUCAUCUUCACACCGCCGUGUCCAUCGCGUCUCUCGCGACGGCCAUAGCCGCCGUAACCGCUUCGGGAAACCAAGACGGCGCCUUGAUGGAAUCAAAGAUGAGCUCAGCGCUGGCCUCGGCAUCAGAGCUGUUAGCUUCUCACUGCGUCGAAUUAGCAGAGCUCUCCGGCGCCGGCCACGAUCGCGUCGUUACUGCUGUCCGAUCCGCCGUAGAUGUUCGAGGACCGGGAGAUUUGCUGACUCUAACUGCUGCAGCCGCAACAGCAUUGAGAGGAGAAGCCGCUUUAAGGACAAGACUACCAAAGGAAGCUAAGAACAACGCAGCUAUAAGCCCUUGCGAAAGGGCUUUACCAGAGACUCAUGAUUGCUCUUCUGAGCUGGAUUCCGCAAGCACAACCACUGAGGAACAGGCAUCUGCACAGGGAGUAGAAGAAUCAGAUUUGAAAUGUAACGGAGAGCUAAUGCAGUGCACACGAAAUGGAGUUUUGCGGUGGAAGCAUAUGAAAGUGUACAUCAACAAGAAAUCGCAGGUUGUAGUAGAAAUCAAAAGCAAACAUGUUAGAGGAGCCUUCUCCAUGAAAAGCAAAGGUAGUUCACAUCAGAUAACUCUUCUUUCUCUCCAUGCUCAUUACAAUCUAAAUCCAAUGACCGCAGGUAUUGUGAAUGAUGUAUGCGAGACGGUCACAGGCCUGCAAAGUGUAAAAGAAACAGAAAACGCAGAAGAAAAAGAGCUCUAUUUUGGAAUAAGCACAGGCAAAGGUCUAACGAAGUUCAAGUGCAAGAGCAAGGCUGAUAAGCAGACAUGGGUGGAUAGCAUCCGGAAUCUUCUCCAUCGAGUCACUGCUGUCGAGACUAUUAACACUUCCCUUGAAACUACAAACAUUGGCGAUAGUACAUAAGUCAUAUCUUGUGUUUAACGUUACUAUGUGUAGUGUACUUUUUUUUUUUUAUCUUCACUUUGUUUUAAUUUCAGCUGUAAACAUUUUUCUUAUGAAAUAAUGAAGAUAAUUAUAAUAAGACCUCA